UGUAAGAUUUUCCGGAGAGGUGGUCGCUUUUGUUGCUUCUCCGAGUAUGUACUGACAUACAUAUUCAGUUAUAAAUCUCCGUUGUCAAGUAAGAGAGUAUUGGUAGGAAUGUACGAGUGAGAAAUUCGUUUGAAGGAGCUUCCUUGCAGCAGACAGCCAGGAAUCCGGUAGCCCCCCGCCCAGCCCGACAGAUUCGGCUGCAUCAGAAUCAGCCCCUACCUUAGUCCACAUAAAGCAGGAGAAUAUGCCACCUGGAGCCGACAUCAAAGAGUACUACGGGUCUUUAGAUUUCAGUCUCUCAGACACAUACCUCCCCUCUAACUACCCCGACUACGGCCCUGGCUUCCUACAAAGACCACUAGAUCUACAAAGCCAAAGAUAUCUAGACCCCGAUAAAGAUAUCAAAGAACCACCGGAAGAUGACAAAGAAACUUUAAAUAUACCAGAAGAAUUGAUAAUGAAAAGUGGCGGAGUAUUUGCUAGAUCCAAUAUUUUAGUUGGUACAAAGUAUGGCCCUUUUAUCGGCAAAUGGGGGACGCAGCCGCUGGAUGCCAAAUACGCUUGGGAGGUGGUGGGAAAGAAUGGCAUUCGGGGCUGGCUGGACGGUACAACUGAGAAGGCCAACUGGUUGAAAUUCAUCCGCUCCACAAACUACACCCAGGACGUUAAUUUGCAACACCUAUUGCAUGCUGGAGAGGUUUGGUACAAGGUAAUCCGGGAGAUCCCGUCUGGUCAGGAGCUGCUACUUGGACCUAGGACUCCUCUGCCACUGCAAGAUGUACUGCCAAAUGAACACCAAAGUUCGAGUAACAAAUUCUCGCAAGCUGAAGAGGAGGAUCGUGAAGAUAGCGAGCCAAGGUGUUCCUUUUGUGACGCGCCCUUUCCAAACAUUGACGCGCUUGACCGUCACCUGAUACAAGCUCACGGCCAGACCCCAGGCGCUUUUCACUGCGAACUCUGCAACCGAGCGUACAGUUCCCGGGCAUUGCUGCUGCGACACCGAGCUUUAGCCCACACUGACAUCAGGAAAUAUCCCUGCGAGAACUGCCCUAAGGUAUUUACCGAUCCUUCCAACCUCCAGCGCCACAUCCGCGCCCAGCACGUGGGUGCUCGCAGCCACGCGUGCCCGGAGUGCGGGAAGACCUUCGCCACUUCAUCAGGGCUGAAGCAGCACACUCACAUCCACUCCAGCGUCAAGCCGUUUCAGUGCAAGGUGUGCUUUAAGGCAUAUACCCAAUUUUCCAACUUGUGUCGUCACAAGCGAAUGCACGUUGCGUGCAGAGCUCUCGUCGAGUGUGGCAAAUGUGGCCAGUCCUUCACUUCCUACGCCUCACUCACUAAACACAAGCGGUUCUGUGACACCGCAUCUGCCGGCGUCAACCUCCGCGGUCAGAUGUCACAGGGACUACCCCAGAUACCUCCUCUACCAAACGUCGGAAUGAAUAACCCAAAUAAUCCAAACCCUUUUCCCUUAUACAGGGGACCUGCAUUACCUUUACCAUACAAUACUUACUACCCAGCACUGUUCUCGGCUGCGGCAGCUGCUUGCCAGCCAGAUUUUUUGAACCCAUUAUUGUUCAAUGUUCAAGGAAGACUGGCAAUGGAACACGACAUUGCUUUAUCAAAUGCAAAUUUGGUAUCAAAACAACAAGAUGGUCGGGUAUCUGUUAAAAGUAUUGAUAGCUCCACCUCCAUAGAUGAUAAGAAGAACAAAGAAAUGGAAUUUGAAAACAGGCGAAAUAACGACAUUUCAGACAGGGCUACACCUACUAAAGUACAAAGUUUUUACAAACAAUCUCCACCUUCAUCUGAAGAUAUUUCUCAGCCUCGCCCAUCUCCAAUUAUGACAAUGCCAUCUCCCAUUGUACCAUUCAACUUUCAAAGAGAAGAUUUAAAACGCAAGUCACCCUUUAAUUUUUCACUGAAACUUAACAAUAAUGAUAUGAAAAGACAUAAAUCUGUUUCACCUUCUCCUAAAGAUUUAUCCAAAAGUAUCACGAGUGAAGAUAAAAAUUCUGAAUAUUCUGAUGUAGAAGAAGACCAUAAGAAAGACCAAAGUGAUCAACCCUUAGAUUUAUCUGUAUCAAGAAAACAAAGUGAUAAAGAUUCAGAAGCUGAAAAUGAUGAUCGUUCCUUUCGCAACUCAUCCGUGAAGUCUUAUUCUCCACCAGAAAGUCCCACAGAAAGAAGCAAAACUCCUGAAAACGACACGACGGAUGUAGAUGUAGAGGGAGUGGAGACAAAACGUGAGGAUUCGCCGGCCAUGGUUUCACAACCAUUAGCAUUUCCGAUGCCCGUCCAUCCACAGCAUAAUAACAUUAUUGAUGCUAUGUAUCGACCUAGGUUUCCUCCUUUUCACUCUGCUGAUUCGCUUUUGAGCUCCACACAUUCACCCUACGUUCCGAGCCCGUUUAAUUUUUUAUCCCCACUUCUCGGUACUGAUGGCCCAGAACGGCAACCUAGUGCAUAUGCUAAAUUUCGAGAACUGAGCGCCGGUUCUGGCAAACUUCGAGACCGGUACGCCUGCAAAUUUUGUGGAAAAGUAUUUCCUCGCAGCGCCAACCUAACUCGUCACCUUAGAACACAUACUGGAGAACAGCCGUACAAAUGUAAGUACUGCGAGCGUUCGUUCUCAAUUUCAUCUAAUUUGCAACGUCACGUCAGAAAUAUUCAUAACAAAGAGAGACCGUUUAGAUGUCCUUUAUGUGAUAGGUGUUUCGGUCAGCAAACUAAUUUGGACCGGCACUUGAAGAAGCAUGAAGCGGAAGGCGGUGAUUCACCCAGCUCGGCCGAUACUGAGCGUGAAGACGCGUACUUUGAUGAUAUAAGAUCUUUCAUGGGAAAAGUGACAUGUUCUCCGAGCGCGGGCACCCCGCCCCCGUCGUCCCCGCACAGCGGCGCGCACGCCGGCGCGCUGCCGCCGCUCCCCGCGCACCCGCCGCACGCGCCGCCGCGGCCCUCGCUCGCGAUCUCCACAUAGCCUCCACUAUAUUCGUUGCCACCUCCACCGCCGCUCUGGCAACAACCAUUUGAAUAACAUCAAUUUUAUAUGGCCAUCUUACAUUAUAGGUAAAUAUUUCUGUAGAUAUUUCAUCAAAUGAAAUAUCAAAGUAGUCUCGGAGGUAUGAGAGAACGACAUUGACUACUUGUUGUUCUAUCGAUACUGAGUAAUAAUUCAUAUUUAACUUAAACUGCAAAAGCUUUCUGGCCUCUGUCUUCUGAUAUUGUUAAAGAGAACUGCAAUCACUGUAGAGGAAGUUAUUGAAAUUCAGUAAUAUCGGAAUCAUUUAGUAUCUGCACCAGUGACAUUACUUAUAAAUAAUCCAAAGCGAAAUUGGAAUUUUUUUUUAGUUUACUAUCGAUAUCAUAGGGCAUACUUUCAAACAUAGAAUAAUAAUUAUCUGAGAAACAGUUGAUAAUGUUUCUAUAUCUACUAUUUUAAUUUACAUUGCAACACGUAGGUACCAGUAAGUAUUAAAGCUUAAGUAGGAUUACUUAUUGUUAAUAAUGUUAAUUGAUUAUUUGUUCCUAGUGUAAAUGUAAGAUAAUAAUAUAAACGUAAAUAUUAUUAAAAUUGUACAUAUUUAUCAAUAUUUCCACAUUCUAUCAGUUUCUUAGAUGUGCUAUAAAUAAAUAUAUUGUAAAAUUUCUUAUGUAGAAUUUCCAUUAAAUUCUAAAAUUAUUUAUUUAAAUUGAUACAAAUUAAUUUUAUUUUUAGUCGAAACCUACCAAAGCUUCUUUUUAAAUUACUACAAAGUCUACUUGAUAUUUCCGACAAGUCAAAAUUUGGACAUAAUUUUUCUUAGGUAAGCACGUUUUUAGAUAAACUAACAUAUUUUGUUAAAUUUGUUAUCAAUACAGUUAUUUUUGUAAAUAAACUACAAAAUUAACGGAAGCAUAUCAUGUAUUUAGAAAUCAAAGCUCAAAAUGUUUAGACAUUUGUAUUAUGAAUCAGUAAUUGAAUUAGUUGAUAUAAGUGAAUCGAUGUUUCAUAUUUUCAUCAAAAUAGGAAUCCGAAAUGGCUUACUAAUCACAAGAAAGAUAUAAAAUGAAAUGAAAAUUAUAACUUUAUUUAUAAUAUUAGUUGCUACAAUAGUCGUUAUAACUUGGG